AUGAGCAAACAGUUCAUAUCAACAGUGAGUGCGUCGCAAGCGCACAAGUCAGAUAUAUUAGGCUUGGAAAUCACACCACGGCAUACAAUUUCAGUUUCCAGUGACGGGUACGCCAAAUUCUGGGACAACAAAAAGGAUGAGGUUCACAAUCCAAAAGAAUUCGUUCAAUCAGUACUUAUUGACAAGAGUGGAGUGCAUCAUUUGGCCGUUUACGAAAACAAAAUACCGAGCUCGACGAUAAAGGUAACCAUUAUAGCAUUUGCAUGUUUCAGUGGACUGAUUAAGUUCAAGCAGUACGUCAAUGGUGACUUAACCACGUUGGAGGAUUGCAACUUCGAAUUGACCAAGAGCUGGGUCCCUGGGUUCUACAUCGAUCCAGAAUCAAAGCAAGAUUACUUUAUAGUGAACAAGAUGAACGGAGUUACCGAGGUGUACACACUCGCAGUUACAGCAGAGGGAGAUAAAGUUGGCUCUGUAUUCACCAAGUAUGGCGACUUGAGGAGUGGCGCAUCACCAACUGCUUCAACAUCUACCACAUCUUCAACAUUCCCCAUUUCGCUCGCAGUCAAUCAAACUGACAAUAAAAAGUGUGCUGUUGGGUACAUCAAUGGAGACGUGCUCUUGUAUGACUUUCAAAAUUUAAAAGUUGUCUACACAUUCAGAUCAACUGAUUUGGUAAUCAGCAGGAACCCAAAGCUCAAUUCAUCUUCCUCAGCACCUCGUGUUCUAAAGUUUUCACCAGGUGGUACUCUACUAGCAGUAGCAAGAGACAACCAAGCAGCAGGGUCCAUCACCUUGUACGAUGUGCAAUAUGGUGAAAAUGUUGGAGCUUUAGCAACAUCGUCACACUCAGCCAAAAGCGCUGUUGGUGGAUUUGCACACCAAGGUUGGAUCUUGGGUCUUGACUUUGACGAAGAAGGCAAAAGCUUAGUCUCGUGCGGGUUUGACAAAUGUGUUCGAGUGUGGAAUUUGGAGACUAGAGAACGUGAGGCAACUAUAAACAUCUCCGUCACAGACUUGGAUGAGACAACCAGCGACGAUGAACAGGAUGAAAGCGUUGCAAGCGGGGUCAAAUUCAUUGGAAAGGGCGUAAGAGGCGGUGCAGGAGGUGACACCAAUGUGGGAAUCUGUGUAAUUAGCUUUGAUAGAGGUAUCAGAUGGUAUAGAGAAGCUGGUGGUAUAUAG